AUCAGAUUGAAGCGUGGCUUAUUCAAUUUUGAAAUGUUUCGUUUUGAAUUACACAAAGAACAAUACUCGAGUUGAAACGUUGAAGCGACUUAUUCUCGUGUUAUUUUGCUAAAAUACUGUCCCAAAAUAAAGAAAAUGGAAGCAAGAGCAUUAGUAGAACAUCUAAAAGAGUUAUCAGACAAUCCUCACAACAGAUCUACAAUCGUUAAGGUAUGAAAAUGUCGAGGAAAAUGUAAUAAAUUUUAAAAUUAUGUAUACAAACCGACAAACGCAUUAAUUUUUUUAAAUUUAAAAUAUGAUUUCUUUCAAAAUUGAACUAAUUCUUAUUGUAUUGUUUUUAAUUUUUAUAAAAUGUUUUGAUGUCAAAAUGUACUUUAUUUGUGUGAUAUUUCUAUUUAUAUCAUUAUAAAAGCCACAAAAAAAUUUUCAUAUAAAUUUCUGCUUUAUUCUCAAUUUAGCCAUUUUUUUUUCUCAGCCCCCCCCCCCCAUAUUAAUCUAAUAAAUCUAUAAUAUGAAUGUUGAUACCCCAGGCCAUAAAAAUUCAGAGGUCUUGCACGAUGGCCCUUUGACUGAGGUGCUCGAGUCAAGCCAACCACACAUACAUACAGGAUGGAAGUGGAUAAAUUAACUCACUUGCCCGAUCAUUUGGUCAAUCAUUUAUUUUGAAAACAAAUAAUGAGUCUGAUUCAGUUUUAAUAGACCUUAUGCAUAAUGACGUCACAAGGCUUGAUGCCCACAAGGAAUGCUGGUCUUAGUAGUCAUCGCCCGGGAAAAUUUAGAUAGUGGCCAUUUUGAAUUGUUUAAUUUUCCCGGGCGAUGACUACUAAGACCAGCAUUCAUCAUGGGCAUCAAGCCUUGUGACGUCAUUAUGCAGAAGGUCUAUUGCCCCUGUUGUUUUGUAUGAUAGCUCCCCAUCUCCCAGAACUUAUGACUCACAAUGAUCAACAACACUUCACUAUAUUUCAAAGGCCUCUUGCAAGGCACAAGUUGAAAAUUACAAUCGAUCACCUUUUUGCAGGAUAAAGGAUGUCUGGCUGGCCUUGUAUUAUUCCUAGACAACAGUGAUGCACAUGUUAUAACAACUGCACUUCAGGUACUGAGUGUUUCUGAAACACAGCCUGUUUAUUGUCAUUGGACUAAUAAUGGCAGUGAUUUAAUUUAUUAUGUUGUAAUUAUUGCAUUUUAUUCCUCAAAGGCCUUGAAGAAUCUAGCACAACACAAGCCAAACAGAUGUGUCAUGAAAAAUGAGCUGGGAAUGCUGGAAAGUUUGAGAGCAAUCAUGCAUAGGUAAGUUUCAGCUGAUCUGAAAAAUGACAGCAGCUCAAGAGCACAACCCCCCCCUGCUUGAAAUAUCUACUCCACAAGGCUCCCCCCUGGAAAAUCUGCACUCUCCCACACAUAAAGACCUGUCUCCUUGGAGGCCUCCACUCCCAGUGCCACACACAAUAGCCUGCCCCGAUAAAAAAUCUGCACCCUCCCCACACACAGAUACACAAAACUCCCCUUCCUCCCACAGAAGUCUGAACCCCCUCUCCAAAAAAUUCCGCACUUCUCACCCGGGCCACCUGAUGUCAGUGAGGGCAAAUAUGUUCUUUUUCAUCCCACAACUUACCCUGCAUUUAGAAAUGGUGAUGCAAAGACCAAGCAAUUGGCAACAGAAGUCUACGAUGCUUUAAAUCAAUCACAAGAACCAACUUCGCGCAGAUCAAAUAACAGCUCAAGGUAAUCUUUGUUUAAUAAGAGAAUGCCCAAUUACAUUAAUUAUUAUUUUAACUGUAUUAAUCUUCACCAAAUAUUUUUCCAUUCCUCUAAAGUAGCCACACAGUGCUGGGCAGUGCCACCCGAAGAUCCAAAACAUACAUUAUACAAAUCAAAGGCCUUUCGAAUCAGGUACAGCAAUCAUGCAAUCACGCAUUACCAGCUUUAUAUGUACUAGUCAGAGCGUGGGUGGAUCUACAGUGGGGUGCACACCCCACCUAGUGGUGUCCAGCACCCCACCCCCUAGAGCAGUACAGCACAGGGUUGGUAAGUUAGAUGAAUAAUUAGGCCAAAUCGUCAUUAGUGCCGUUUCAGAAAACAAAAAAAAAACACAAAAGGCCAAGACAAAGAAAGCAAAGGCCUAGUGUGACGGUGUUUGGCCUAAUUAUUCAGCAAACCUACCAACUCUGGUACAGCACUACCUUAAAAAAUCUGCCUGACCAUACAUUUUCUGCUUUUCGAAUAGUGAUUAGCACAACCUUGAAACGAUUUUCUGAUUUGAGCUCACGAGAAAAAACUCAGAAUGCUUUUAUAAAUAACAUCGUUAAAUAUGUAAACAUGUCGAGGGUGAUAAAAAGCCCAUAAUUUAUAAACUUUAUAAACAAAAGAUAAUGUAAAACGUAACAGAACGGGAAACAUGCAGAUUCGGCCAUCUCAGAUUAUAGUAAUUAAUAUUGGGAUAGUAGCGUUGCAGACUGCAGAGGACUAGAGGAGAGUGGGCAGUAAGGCUCCCUCAAUAUGAGGGUCCCUCAUGCACCACCCCAUGGAAAACCUGCACCCCUCUUUAAUUGCAGAUGAGGCUAGAUCUGCCCCUGAGUCAUAAAGCUGUGCAACUAUUUUAAUAACGCGUAAAUUUAACAAACAACGCACUCUCUUUAUUUCAGAUAACGAAGCGAAUUUGUGAAGAACAGUUGCUCACUGUACGCGGAAUUGUCAGUUUCACAUUUGACAUGGCAAAAUCUCGCUGUAUCGUGCGUGCAAGGCCUGAUACCACAGCAGAAACUAUUUGCCAAACUAUCAAUAAAACCAAAGUACUCGCUGCUCAACAAAUUGUCAAGAACGAACGCGGUGAAGAGGUGAGCGUCGUAUUAUAAUGUUCGCACAAGGAAAUUUUAAUUUUUUGAUGUUUCCUUGUUUACCCAAGGCAACUUUGCUUUCAAACGAAGAAAAAAUGUUUCCUUAUUCCCUAAUAAAUUCAAAAAUAUAUUUCGUUUCCCAAAUGUGAUUGCGGAAACAACGUUUCCUGGUUUGUCUAGCUUUGGGAAACAUAGCUAAGAAACAAUGUUUCCUGGUUUGGCCACCUUCAGGAAACAUGGCUAGGACACAAUGUUUCCUUGUUUGUUCACCUUCAGGAAACAUGGCUAGGAAACAAUGUUUCCUGGCUUGCCCACAUUCGGGAAACAAUUGGCUAGGAAAGAAUGUUUCCUGGUUUACCAACAUUCGGGAAAAAUGAAACAGAAAAUACAGAUUCCUGGUUUGUCUACCCACAAUGUUACCGCGAAGAAUGUAUUCUAAUUUUCCAAGGGUCUAUAUUUACCUAUAGGUGACGGUGUGCUUUACAAGUCAUAAUAAAAGCCAGAGCAAAAGUUGUGCGCAGGAUAACGGCGCUAAUCUACCAGAUUAUCUUCCGGAAGAAGACGAGAUUCCUGCGUCAAAAACAGUAAGUUAUGACGAUAAUAAUGGUGUGGUGGUGAUGAUGCUAGGUGGUGAUUGAUGAUGGUGGUGAUGAUGGUGAUGGUAGUGAUGAUUGAUGAUGGAAGGUUGCAGUGAUGACGGAGAUGAAGGAAGUUGUGAUGAUGGUGUUGAUGGUGGUAAUGGUGGUGGUAAUGACGAUGGAGAUAAUGGUGGCGAUGAUGAUGGUGAGGAUGAUGAUGGUGAUGGUGAUGAUGGUGAUGAUGAUGAUAGUGAUGGUGAUGAUGAUGGUGAUGAUGAUGAGGAUGAUGAUGGUGAGGAUGAUGGUGGUGGUGGUGAGGAUGACGAUUAUGGUGGUGUGGUGAUGAUGGUGUUGGUACCACUGCUCACGGCUUUUCUGUCUUUUCAGGCCUUGGCGCGGGUGAAAAAGCAGGAUGACAAAGAGAACCAAGGAUGGUUCGGCUCUGUCGGCAGUUUUAUCAGUAAAACUCUCUACUGGUAAAAUUCUCAUGAUCUUAACCUGAAGAAUUGCAGUAUAUCUGUACAUCAGAUGGAACAAACCUUCUGGAAACUGAUAACCAAACUUUGUACAUACGACUAACUUGCAGCAAAAGACGACAUCGUAGACUUAUAUUCAUUUUUAACAUUCGUGUGUUUCAGUAAGUGUUAUACUAGCCUGCGAACAGGCUCUCAAGCUGAAUUGAGAGCCUGCAUCGAUGACUAAUGAAUUUGAAUAUCUGCGUCUCAAAUCGUGACGCGAAAUUCUCAUUGGUCAGAUGCUAUAAUUUAUAUGUUUCCGCUGAGUUCUAUAUAUGUCAACUGCUGAAGCACUAUGCAUAAAAAACACAUUAACUGAUCAAAUUGGUCUUGGCCGUCUUAUCUCAAAGCACGAAAUGUUCUGUUUUGAGAAAACAGUAUUUAAAACAUUUGAACUUUUGCUUGAAUAUCUUAUAUUUUGAAAAACAGUAUAAACUGUACAGUCUAAAUUUAGUUUGCACGGUCUAAAUUUAGUUUGCACGAAAGUUGUAAACAACACCAUAUAAGGAUAGACAUUCCAUAUUUGGAAAAACGAACGUUACGGGGCAGAUAUUCAAAUUCACUAGUCAUCGAUGCAGGCUCUCAAUUCAGCUUGAGAGCCUGUUCGCAGGCUAGUGUUAUACCGGAGCAGCAUUUGAUGCUGGUGAUUGACCACCAUCUGCUGCUGCACGAGCUGCUUAUUGAAAACACACGAAGCUUGUAAAUAUAUAAUUAGAGGGUAGAAAAAUUUUAAAUAUAUUU